GGCCCGGAGGCUGGGGAGCGAGUGUUUCCCGGCGAGCUUUGCGCUUGACUCCACCCCCAGGCCCCUUCUGGUCGGGGGUCUAGCGGGGAAAAUGGCGGCCGGGACAGGGAAGCACAAGCUGCUGGGCGCCGGCCCCACGGAGCCAUGGUCCAUCCGGGAGAAGCUCUGCCUCGCCUCCUCCGUCAUGCGGAGCGGGGACCAGAACUGGGUAUCAGUCAGCAGAGCUAUCAAACCCUUUGCAGAGCCAGGCCGCCCACCUGACUGGUUCUCUCAGAAGCACUGUGCAUCUCAGUAUUCGGAGCUUCUGGAGACCACAGAGACCCCAAAGAGAAAACGUGGUGAGAAAGGGGAGGUUGUGGAAACUGUGGAAGAUGUCAUCGUGCGGAAACUGACAGCAGAACGAGUUGAGGAGUUGAAGAAAGUGAUCAAGGAGACACAGGAGAAGUAUAGGCAGCUGAAGAAGGAUGCAGAGCUGAUCCAGGCUGGGCACAUGGAUAGCAGACUGGAGGAGCUGUGCAAUGACAUUGUGGUGAAGAAAAAAAUGGAAGAGGAGGAGGCGGAGAUGAAGAGGAAGGCUACAGAUGCUGCUUAUCAGGCUCGUCAGGCAGUUAAGAACCCCCCUCGAAGGUUGACCGGUGUGAUGGUCCGCUCUCCUGCAGGUUCAACCUCCCCUGGAAGGGACUAUGCUCUGGGGGACUUGUCUCAGCAAAAUGUGGAGGAGACCAGCCCAGGGGUAACUCCAGGGACAUUGCCCAGCACCCCAGUUGCCUCCUUCAUUGGGAUCCCUGACACCCCUCCAGGUUCAGCUCCCCUGGAUGCCCCCAUAACCCUAGUCACUGAUGAGUCACCCCAGAAAAAGAUGCUAGGACAGAAAGCAACUCCGCCUCCUUCCCCUCUGCUCUCGGAGCUACUGAAGAAGGGCAGCCUCCUUCCCACAAGCCCCAGGCUGGUUGGUGAAAGCGAGAUGGCAGUGGCUUCUGGUCACAUGAAUAGCUCAGGAGUCCUCCUGGAGGUAGGAGGGGUCCUUCCAGUGCUGCAUGGUGGGGAAAUGCAGUUGGCAUCUGGUACUGUCCCUGCAUCACCUGCUGCUUCAGGUGCUCCUACUCUUUCUCGGCUUCUAGAAGCUGGUCCUGCACAGUUCACCACACCUCUUGCUUCCUUCUCCGCUGUUGCCAGCGAACCUCCAGCUAAACUCCUGCCACCCCCUGUAGAGUCUGUGUCCCAGGCAACCAUUGUCAUGAUGCCCACGCUGUCAGCACCAUCCGUUGUGCCACCCGCUGCAACUCCAGAGAGCGUAGUGACAGUGAGCCAGUCAGACACUUGUGUUUCCAUGGAGGCAGUGUCUGAUCCCCACACAGUGACGGUGUCUAUGGACAGCAGUGAAAUCUCCAUGAUCAUUGAUUCCAUCAAGAAAGAGUGUCUGGGUACUGGUACUGGCAGUGCUGCUGGGCCUUCCAAAGAUCACAGCAUGGAUGGGAAAGAAGAUCUGGAUCUGGCUGAGAAGAUGGACAUUGCAGUCUCCUAUACUGGGGAAGAGCUGGACUUUGAAACUGUUGGAGAUAUUAUAGCCAUCAUUGAGGACAAGGUAGAUGACCAUCCUGAAGUCCUGGAUGUAGCAGCAGUUGAAGCUGCUUUGUCUUUCUGUGAAGAGACUGAUGACCCCCAGGCCUUGACUGGCCCAUGGGAGCAUCCGAUUCAGCAGGACCAUGAGAAACAGGCACAGAUCCCCCAUGUGGCAGUGACUGUGAAGCAGGAGAGGCGAGACUGCGAUGAACCAGAGGCAAAGGAAAUCCAAGACCUAAUAAGUAUUGGGGAGCUGGGCUCGGAAAUAAAGACAGAAUCUGCAGAGCUGGAGCAGAAUGAAUUGGACUCUGAGGAAGCCACGGUAGGAGCCGUGCAAAUAGCAGAAACACCCGAGCUCAGGAGUCGAGAGACGGAGGAGCAGCAGAAAGCGGCUGCUAUCGUGAGAGAGAACUCUGAAACGGAGACAGAAUCAGCCAAGGGAGAAGCAGCAACACACAGUACGGUGAAGAUAGAGACGCCACCUGAUGAUGAUUCAUCCCCUCCAAAUGUCCUAAAUGCAAGUGACGACUCCUCACAGGCUGAUGCUCAGCACAAAUUUGAGCUGUCAGAGUCAAUGAAGGAAGAGACCCGCACUGUCUUUGGGAAGGAUGCUCAGGGUGAAGAUGAUGAUGAGGAUGGUGCCAGUGAGGCUGCCAGUCUGGAGGAACCCAAGGAGGAAGACCAGGGUGAGGGGUACCUAUCGGAAAUGGAUAAUGAGCCCCCCGUGAGUGAGAGUGAUGAUGGCUUCAGUAUCCAUAAUGCACCUUUGCAGUCUCACACUCUAGCUGAUUCCAUCCCCAGCAGCCCUGCCUCCUCGCAGUUCUCUGUUUGCAGUGAGGACCAGGAAGCAAUUCAAGCCCAGAAGAUCUGGAAAAAAGCUAUUAUGCUAGUUUGGAGAGCAGCAGCUAAUCACAGAUAUGCCAAUGUCUUCCUACAACCUGUGACCGAUGAUAUAGCACCAGGCUACCACAGUAUCGUGCAGAGGCCAAUGGAUUUAUCUACCAUUAAGAAAAAUAUUGAGAAUGGGCUGAUCCGAACCACAGCUGAGUUCCAGCGUGACAUCAUGCUGAUGUUCCAGAAUGCAGUCAUGUACAACAGCUCUGACCAUGACGUAUACCACAUGGCUGUGGAGAUGCAGCGAGACGUCUUAGAGCAAAUCCAGCAAUUUCUGGCCACACAGCUGAUCAUGCAGACAUCAGAGUCCGGGAUCAGUGCAAAGAGCCUGCGUGGGCGAGAUUCCACUCGGAAACAAGAUGCUUCAGAGAAGGACAGCGUCCCCAUGGGCUCUCCUGCCUUCCUUCUCUCUCUCUUUGAUGGGGGAACCAGAGGGCGUCGCUGUGCCAUUGAGGCUGACAUGAAGAUGAAGAAAUGAGGAUGUAGGCAGGAGGCAAGACACCACCUGGCAUCCUGAGCCAAGGCGGGAGCACCAUGCCUGCCGGGAGCACCAUGCCUGCCCAUCUCACAGAACAGGGGAAGAGCUGAAUGCAGGCAGGAUUCUUGCUGAGGCCUGUUCCACUGUCCUGGCUCAUCUACAUGGAAAACAAUGUCCUCUCUGAUAAGUGUAAGCUGAAGAAACUUCUCUGGAAAGGAAGAGCAGCCCCCACUGCCUGUUCUAGGGCAGCAGUCUCCGGCCACGUCUGUGUCCUAGUGUUAGCUAGCUAGCUGGUGGCUAGGACAUACUGUAAUGUGAAGUGUACAGAUUUUUAUUAGUGAAGUGUAAAUGUGUAUAAUAAAGUAUGGAUGAGAAUCCAG